AUGGAUGAGGAAGUGAGAGAUAAACUAGGAGAUGGAGGUGGAGGUGACUUAAAUCUGGGAGUAGUGAGGCUUGCCAUAUCGAGUUUCAAUCACUACAAAAAAUCACCUCAUUUUACAAUAGCACGGACAAAAAUUAUCGCUCGCAAGAUUAGUAAAGGGGGGAAAGCUAAAACUGUUCUCCCAGCAAGAAAAUCCCUCCCGAAAGGAAAAACAGUUACACAGCAUCCCCCAGCUCCUAAGAAAUAUCAUCUCAAGUGGGCAACAAACGCUCUGCAAGAAAUUCGUCGUUAUCAAAAGUCAAUCGAAUUAGUGAUACCCAAGCUCCCCUUCCAACGCUUGGUUAGAGAGAUCACCCAAAACAUAACGACCAAUCAAAUAAGAUUCCAAGCAUUGGCGAUUCAAGCAUUACAAGAGGCCUGCGAGGCUUUUCUCGUGAAGGAAUUUGAGAUGACAAAUUUGGUAGCUAUUCAUGCUCACCGAGUAACUAUCCAGCCUAGAGAUAUGAGGCUGGUGGAGCGAUUGAGGAAGAUCAUGAAUAGAUCCUCAUUCCAGGACGAAAUAUAA